UAAAAAUUAUAAGUACAAAGUUGAAAACAUAGAAAAUGUGGAUAUAGUUUGGACUAAAGUGUAAAAACACUAAAGACAUUUUAAGAAACGAUCAAACAGUGAGUGAAUUGUUUAAAGCCAGAAAAUUGUUAAGUUGUGGUAGUGACUAUAUGUCCAGGCGUUCAUCUGUCAAAGCCGUGCAACACAGGCACGAGUCCAGUGAGGAGGAGGACGACGAAGAGGAGCGCUCUCCGCGUCGCAAUAUGCAUUCAUUUGGGGAUUCGGGCAUGGGCAGCGGUGUGCCCGCCUUUCUGGCCAAGCUGUGGCGCUUGGUAGACGACACCGAAACCAAUCAUUUGAUUUUUUGGACGAAGGAUGGCCACAGCUUCGUCAUACAAAACCAGGCGCAAUUCGCGAGGGAACUGCUGCCCCUCAACUACAAGCACAACAACAUGGCCAGCUUUAUCAGGCAGCUGAAUAUGUAUGGAUUCCACAAGAUCACAUCGAUUGAGAAUGGGGGCUUGCGAUUCGAUCGCGAUGAGAUCGAGUUCUCCCAUCCGUUCUUCAAGCGCAACUCUGCCUAUCUGCUGGACCAAAUAAAACGAAAGAUAUCCAACAACAAGAAUGUGGAUGACAAGGCGGUGAUGAAGCCGGAGGCUGUGUCCAAGAUAUUGAACGAUGUGAAGGUUAUGCAAGGUCGGCAGGACACCAUGGACUCGCGCUUCUCGGCCAUGAAGCAGGAGAAUGAAGUGCUGUGGCGGGAGAUCGCUAGUCUCCGGCAGAAGCAUUCGAAACAGCAGCAGAUAGUUAACAAAUUGAUACAGUUCCUCAUUUCGAUCGUGCAGCCAUCAAGGAAUAUGUCGGGAGUGAAGCGGCACAUGCAGCUUAUGAUCAAUGACACGCCGGAAAACGCACGCGCGCGUACUACCAGCGAAACGGAGAGCGAUGCGGGCAGUGGCCCAGUCAUACAUGAACUCAGCGAGGAGCUGCUCGACGAAGUGAUGAAUCCCAGCACCGGUCAAUAUGACCAGGAGAGCGUCUCUCCACAGUCCGUUGAGCGGCCACAGUCGAUAAGCUUUGACUACUCCAAUCAGAGCGUCGAGGACUUGCUCCGGACUAACAAUGGAGCGGGAGGAGGUGCUGCCGGCGGCAGCCUGCUGCAAGUGGGGGCUGGAGCUGCCUCCCCUCUGGCCUCCAGCUUGAGUCAUUCGCCGGCUGAACAAAUCGCUUACACAGUGACUGAGCUCCCGGAUGCUCAUGUCCCGGAAGUCUCCAGCAGUCCUGUCUACACCGAUGAGCAUAAUGUGCUUACGCCCCUGGUGCGUGAACAGCAGCGCGAGGAGGAGCGCAAGCGGCAGCAGCUCAAGGAGAAGAACAAACAGCGGCGGCAGACAGGGGAUCAGAUGCUCUCAGCCAGCGCCAUUUCAGUCGAUGAAGCGUCUGCCAAGACUGUGCGCACACGCUCCCAGCUUAAGACGAAUUCUCAGGUCAAUGUGAUGCCGCAGCCUGUAUUUAUCAAGACAGAGCCCGAACCCGAUUCCGGAUUGCUAGACCUGAUGAAUGGCACUGACUCGGACAUGUACAACGUGAACUUUAUCACCGAAGAUAUGCCGUCAAACAUAUUUGAGGACCCCUCAAUGCUCUCAACUGAUCUGGGAGAGGUUGACAAGCUGAAUCAGCAGCAGACAUUCGGCAAGUCCACAGUCAGCAGUGGAAAGUUUUCCAGCAACUUUGAUGUACCGAUAAGCGGCAGCAGCAACUCUCUGCUAGACGCCAAUCAGGCAUCCACAUCGAAGGCAGCGGCGGCCACAAAGGCCACAGCAUCAGGCACUGAGGGCGAGGCAGCAGCAAUGGCUGUGGCCAAGUAUGCUGGCGAAAACAGUGAUGUUCGGGAGGGGAGCAAUGGUCCUCUGAUGAGGAUUAAUUCAGUGUUAGUAGCUGAGAAGCCUUUAUUAGUCCCCAGAGCGAUAGACAAUAAUCUAGAGGCCAUUUCCCCUUCUUACUGUUGCAGUGACGAUGUCCACGGGCAUUUGGAUAAUGUGCAAGAUGAGCUAGAGACCCUCAAGGAUUUGCUGCGUGGCGAUGGCGUCUCCAUCGAUCAGAACAUGCUCUUGGGUCUCUUCAAUGACUCGGAACUUCUGGACACCUAUGGCCUAUCGUUUCCCACUGAUAGCAUAAGCGGUGAAAAGAAAGCUUCGAGUGGCUCGGAAAUGAUGGCCUACCAGCCCAGCCCGUACGACCUUUCCGACAUACUUGACACUGACGAUAAUGAAAAGAGCCAGGAGCCCAUCAGUCGUCAGUUGUUUCAGACGCAAAGUUCCGUAUUGAACACACCGCGUCACGAUUUUUAAACGUAGAAUUUAGAGAAGACUUGAAGCAGCUAUUACACGGAUGCUCAUAAAGUGAACAAAAAAGUUGUUUUAAGUUUUCUAUGUGUUGAUUAUCUCUUAUACCCAUUAGUUGAUCUAUAUUUGUUAAUCAUAUUAAUAUUCAUUUCAUUCAUGUCUGUGUAUGUAUGUGCCUUUUGCACUAUAUAUUAAAUAUAUAGCCCUAACCUUAAGCCUAAUCCUAACCCCGAACCCAAUCUAGUUGUAUAGACUAAAAGAAGAACCAGUUAAUAUUUACGAUAAUCAAUUUUUUAAUCGGUGAAAAGUGUGAGAGCCACCCACACCCACGUGGGUCUCUCUUGUAGGUAAAUUUUCGCUAAACGAAGAUUAACCAAAUUAAAUGUUACUCUGAUUUGUAUACAAAGGUA